GUCAUGAGGCUCUUUAGCAAACGCUGGAAGCUGGGUUUUAAGGUUGCUUAGCAACGUCGAGCCCACGAGACGUUAGCUUUCAACUCUGUUGGAGGUUGUCGGCUUCCUUACCUGCGUGUUGUACCCCGGUUUGGGGACAGUUAUCCCUGCCUCAGGGACCCGCCUGUUUCUCCCACCCACCAGCCUCCGCCCAGCCCACUGCCCAUGCAGUUCAGCACGGCGGAGCAACCGGACACGUCUCAGAAAGCUCCGCUCUUCACCCCAGAGGGCCGCGGGAGGCAUUUGUCCGUACAUCUGGUGGUCUGCUGCGGCGGAGAGCGGCAGGGAGCGCCGCGGGGUUUGGGGACGCGGUGGCCCGAGCGACGACUCCCCGCUGGAAGACAGCGAGACGACGGGAAAAUAGUUUUAAAGAGACAGCCUGGAGAACAAAACUUUUUCUGUGGCAUCUUAUUCCUGCAAGAAGAUUAUAGCGCCAACACAGCGCCAACCCGGAGAAGCUUAAAGUGACCUGCAGUCAUGAGUCCCCGCUUCAGAGUGAACUUCAACACUAUGAUUUUUCUGGUUGUCCUGCAGGGGGCAGCAGUUGUGCUCUUCUGCAACUGGUACUACCAGCUGAGCCCCUGCGACUCCCCUCCCCGAAAAGGCAAAGUUCACGUUUUGCUGCUGUCGUCGUGGCGAUCAGGUUCAUCCUUCCUGGGUCAGGUUUUCAGUCAGCACCCGUCUGUUUUCUACCUCAUGGAGCCCGGGUGGCACGUUUGGACCAAAAUAGAGAAACCUGGUGCACGAGUUCUCCGAAUGGCUGUGAGGGAUCUAAUGCGGAGCUUGUACCAGUGUGACUUCUCAGUGAUGGAUUCGUACAUGCCUGAGAACUACAAUAUGUCCACCUUGUUUAUGUUUCACCACAGUCGGGCACUGUGCUCACCUCCUGCAUGCUCCCUCACACGGCGCAGUGACAUGAGCAAUGAGACUCUUUGCCAAAAGAAAUGUGAUUCUCAAGGUUUGGAGAAGGUGGAGAAGGCCUGCCACACGUACAGCCAUGUGGUUUUAAAAGAAACUCGUUUUUUUGAGCUGGAGUCGCUUUAUCCCCUUUUUCAAGACCCAAACCUGGACCUCCGCAUCGUUCACCUCGUUCGAGACCCGCGGGCCGUGAUACGGUCGAGAGAGGAAUCAGCCAAAUCUUUUGACGUGGACAGCGCCAUCGUCUUGGAGCAAAGAAACGUACCAGCAGCCAGUGUCCAGUACGAAGUGAUGCAGGAGAUCUGCAGGAGCCACGUACGCAUCAAUGAAAGAGCAAUCCUGAAGCCACCUCCGUUUCUGAAAGGUCGCUACAAAAUGAUUCGGUAUGAAGACGUGGCACGCAACCCGCUGAAAGAGAUUAAUGAUAUUUAUGACUUUGUCGGUUUAGAGAUGACCAAUCAGAUGGAGGAAUGGAUCUAUAAGGUGACCCACGGAAAAGGGAAAGGCAGCAAGAAAGAGGCUUUCCAGAUCACCUCUAGGAAUGCCAAUGAGGUGUCGCAGGCGUGGCGCACCUUACUGCAACACAGCAAGGUCAAACGCAUUCAGGAUCUGUGCAAAGGGGCCAUGUCGUUGCUCGGCUACCGCACAGUUGACAGCGAAAAAGAGCAGAAGAGACUCGACAUAGAUCUGCUGGUUCCACGUGAACCUUAUGAGUUCAGCUGGAUUUCAGCUAAAUCUCAGCGCACAGGGAGCAGCUAGAGCAUCACGCCUCCUGUUUCAGGUCCUCUCAGAGGCAACAAGCUUGAAUGGUCUCCCUGUCGCUGGUAAAGCUUGGCUUUGUGAGAUACAGACACCUCAGACUGCCUGUCUUCAAGAUUUGAA